AUGGUGCCUGAAGCGCAACCCGAGGUGGAGGACUCAGAGGAUGCGCAGGAGGAGGCUGAAUCCCUUGCCUCAUCGCACCAAAAGGAAGCAGACCAGGAGUCCGGGUCAGAAGAAGACUUAACACCAUCUACAAGAGGUGAUAUCAAGAAGCUGCUCCGUGACCUCCGCAAAGUGUGGAAGGAGGACCUCCAUGAGACCCAAAAAGAGCUGGAUAUCGUGACCCAGAAGAUAAAAAGGGUAGAGGAGAGAGAGAAAGCCAGUCACAUAUAGAGGAGCUUACACAACAGGUUCGACAUAUGCAGAGAAAAAUGGCUUUCAUGGAAUCUCGGCACAGACGCCGGAAUGUCCAACUGAAGGGAGUGCCAGAAAUGGUCAGUGGGGAGGAAUUACUACCCUACGCCCAGAGACUGUUCCUAUCCAUGGACCUUAAGGGAAUAGAUGACCCACCCAUGCUGCUGACUGCAUUUCACAUUCACAAAGCCGCCACAGCUCCAGCCGACUCACC